UCAGCAGGUUCAAACUCAUACGUGUGGGUAGCGGGGAUCGAGGGGUCACGUGAUGAGCAUCCUGCUGCCCAACAUGGCGGAGUUCGACACGAUCUCGGAACUGGAGGAGGAAGAAGAAGCGGCAACGUCGUCGUCGUCGCCGUCGUCGUCGUCGUCAGUAUCAGGACCGGAGGAUGAAGAGGAAGAUGAGGAGGAUGAAGAGGAAGAGGAGGAGGAGGAGGAAGAAGAAGAGGAGGAAGAAGAAGAAGAAGAGGAAGAAGAAAAGGAGCAGGAGGAGGAGACGCCACCACCGCCUCGGGUAGUGAGCGAGGAGCAUCUGCGGAGAUAUGCCCCCGACCCUGUUUUGGUGCGGGGCUCCGGCCACAUCACCGUGUUUGGCUUGAGCAACAAGUUUGAUACUGAAUUUCCUUCAGUUCUAACAGGGAAGGUGGCUCCAGAAGAAUUUAAGACCAGCAUUAGCCGUGUGAAUGCAUGUUUGAAAAAGGCUCUCCCAGUCAAUGUGAAAUGGCUGCUGUGUGGUUGUCUCUGCUGUUGUUGUACUCUGGGUUGCAGCCUGUGGCCUGUUAUUUGUCUCAACAAAAGAACCAGAAGAUCAAUUCAGAAGUUAUUAGAAUGGGAAAAUAACAGAUUAUAUCACAAGCUUGCUUUACACUGGAAGUUGACUAAAAGAAAAUGUGAAACUAGCAAUAUGAUGGAAUAUGUAAUACUAAUAGAAUUCUUACCAAAAUACCCCAUAUUCCGACCUGACUGAGGAAUUUUAUUCAGUCACUUCUGUGUUACCUGUCAUUUCCUACCCUUAGUGCCUUGUAGAUGAUUUUGGAAUGAAUAUGGUCUCCUUUGCUGUGUUCAACUUAUUCUUUAUAAUGGUAGAAUAGUCUCCUCACUCUUUCAUUUGUGUUGGUUUAAGAAAAUUUGCACAUCUUUUUUUUUGUUGUUAAAUGAAGCUUGUGUUUUGCACUCUCAAUUUUUUAAAUAAAUACACACACGUGUGUGUAUAUGUAUAGUUGCCAUUAAAGAUAAAACAUUAAUGCUGGUGUUUAAAAAAACAGCAACAACUUGUUCUGAGCAUGCUGCCUUAUAAUUUUCAUACUUGCUGUUUCUAAUAUGCAUCAUUUUUCUAGGCUACUUUAAUGCUCUGUAAUCCCUUAUUGAAGAGACAUAAGUAAGCUUUUGGUAGCUUUUAGAAAUAGUUUUACUCUUUCCUGCUUUUAAAGGACAUGCAGUUAAUACCACUGGUUUUGUGCUGCACUUAGCUAAAUUAUCACUUAUGUUAGUGGGUAAAAUAUUUAAACUCCUGAAGACUUGUAAAUAUUGUCUCUUUGCAUAAUAUAAAAUGUGGUAUGCCAUGGUUUACAGAAUUUAAUAUUACUCUUACUGUAUUGCCAACAAUUCUGCAUAGAUUUUAAUAUGAAUGAAGUUUGUAAGAUUACUUUUGAAUGUACAGACUAUUAACAUGCUGUUGUAUGGCAAAGCCAUAAUGAGUAUGUUAAAAAUUUCAGCUGUAUAACAGGGUUGCCCUUUGUAAAGAGUUGAUUAAAAUUGAAAUCAUUACCUGAGAUAUUCUGCAUUGCACCUGAAACUGAGAACCUGAUUUUUUUCCAUUUAAUUUAGUUAUUCUCAUUUUGUCCUCCAUUCCAUCCCCUAAAGAAUUCAUUUGACAUCUAACGCAUUUAACAGCCUCACUGUUCUCAUUUAUUUCCCUUAAUGUUUCAUUUCCCUCAUUUGAAAAUACACACAAUUAUGACUUGUAAGGAGUGUUUCAAGAUUUCAAAUGGCUUAGAUGGUGUCUAGAACUCCCUUCUGGAGUUCUUAUAUUCUACUUUGGGAAAGAGAGCUAAUUGAAAAGCUGUAUCUAAAGAAUAUGUAGUGGCUGAAUCAUAACUGAUAAAAUAUUCUUAAUCUUAUUUUUGAGGAUCUGGUUUUCUACAUUUAGACAUUAUUAAUAAGGAAAGACAAGUAUUUAGAUAAAAAUAUUUUACUUUAUAAAUUCACCCCAUAUGUAGCCUUUUCAUUGGUAUGUGCAUAUAUCUAUUUCUCUUCACAAUUAAGAUAAAUGAGAGCACCACACUCUAAUUCUUCUAGAAUUUGAAUUUUUAACAUAAUAAAAAAAGCUAUGUAUUGUGUUAAUUCACCCACAAAUGUAUGCCUAUAUAUAUGCAUUAUUUGUAAUUUUUUGUGCUAAAAAUAAAAUUACCUGGGACUGAAUAAUAUUUUAUUUAUCACCUUACUUUUAUUGCUUUUGGUGAAGUUUUUUAGGCAAACAUUUAUCCCAGGGAAGAGAACAAUCAUUUCUUCAUACAAGGUCAACCCUUUUAAAGCCACUUUUAAAAUGUAUGCCUGCUUUGACAUCCACAGUCUUAAACCAGUGAUAGAAGAGGGGAAAAAGAAAUCCUAUUUGAUAUGUGACUAUAAUUUUUGCACACUUUUUCACCUCCCUCUGUAGAGCCCCAUUAACAUGCCACCCAUCCACCCAGAAUCUAACUUUUCAUAUGUUGUCUGUGUCUGCAAAUAUCAUUUGUUUGUCUGCUUCACAACUGAAGGUGUAUUUUUGUAGAAAGGGUGGAAACCUCUGAAAACACAUACCAGAUGUCUUGUUUUAUAGCUUAGGUCAGGGAAAAAUUGUAUCUGUGAUUUAUGUUCCAGCUAAUAUCAGGUUUAUGCUUCAAACUGUGAGUUUAAUAUCAAAAUUGAUUUGCAGAAUAAUAAAAAAUUUAUAAUUAUCACUGAUAGAGUAAUUACUUGUAAAUGUCAGCCCAUAAAAAUCUCAAUUUUUCUAUAAACUUAGAAUUUAGCCAUGUGAUGGUCAUAGUAACUUUUUCUGCCAUGUAUAAAUCACACUUGGUUUUACUCAAAGAACAGCAGAAAUUAGUGAAUUGUUUCCAUGAUGUAAAUAUUGAGACAGGAAUAGAAUGCAUAGGAGGUGACAGAGUAUAAUUCAAGUUACAGUAGUAUUUGUUAUAAAAACCAUUUGCCAAUAUGUAUAAACUUAAUUUUAAAACUUACUGUAAUCGCUCUUAAAUGUAUUAUUUUAUUGAUCAUUAUGCUGGUUAACUCAACUUAUUUUCUUGAACUAUUCAAAAAAUACCUAGUGUUCUUUUUCACUUUCUUAUAUGACUGCUUUUUCAAACUUUUUGCAUUCAGAUGGGCCUGGUUUGCAUUUGGAGAUUUUAGAGUGCUUUGGGGGAGGGGUUGCUAAUGAAAUUAGCAACAGUGAAUGCUGAAAUGACAGAACACACUGUGAUCAUUAAUUCCUCCCCCACCAACCUUUUUUCUUUUAUCCUCAAGAUAGAAUGUACUCAUAUAUUUUCAUCAAGUUAAUAAAAUAUUUUUGUGAAAGUUGUAUUUUAAUUGAAGAAAGUAAUUUUUAAUUUCUUUGCUGCAUAACAUUCCUUUAUGAAACCUGCUGUGGUUGUUUCCACAGGAAAUAACAUGUAUUUGCCAAAGUAUAUAAAUCUCACAAAGCUUUAAGGUUACAAGUUAAAAUUUGUUCUUCUCUAACUUCCCCAUAUGCAGUUCACCCCCAUUACCCCUUUAAAACACCUAAAUUGUAUAUAAAAUGAAAUAAGCUUUAACCUUUUUCAGGUAUUCUUUGUUCCCUUUUAACCUCUCAUGUUAAUUUAGGAAAGAGACCAUUGUUGUCAAAUGUUAGAAGCAGAUGGAGAAGUGCCUUGUCUUCUUUGAACAAAAAUAACAUUUUAUUUGGAAGGAAGCAGAAUAGAUGAAUUAGUAGAAAUUAGAUUUUAAACCAUCUUUUCAACUAACUAUAUUUUGGUAACACAUUAUAUUUCUUAUACUUAUUAUUUAAAGCCUGUUUUUUUCUUUUCCCCCAAUCAUGUGAUCCAUUAGUGACAAAUAUUAUAGUACAAGACAAUCAGUCACUUACAAACCUAGUUUAAUUCUAAUGGUAGUGAAGAUUUAAUUUUAUAUGGUUAUGGAACAACAAUGUUCUUGGAUUGAAGCCCCACCAAAACCCACUUAAGUGUUUAAUAGAUAUACUAUUCAUAUUAUGUCCUAUAAACAGUAAUGUCUGAUCAGUUAAUCAAACUGUGUUAAUAUGUCAUAUUCUACCAUUUUUAAUGAAAUUUAUUCUUGAUUUUUAAUAAUUGAAGUUCCAUAUCAUUUGUAAGACUGAAAAAAUGGGGUAUUUUCAAAUAUAUGAGAGCUUUAAAAAUUAUUAACAUUUAAACUUUGCUUACAAAUAAACCACCACUUACAAAAUCAAACUUCACUACUUGGGCCCUGACCAGCUUGCUCACUUGGUUAAAGUGUCAACCCGAUAUGUGGAGGUUGCGGGUUCAAU